AUGAUUUCUGGGAGACGAACCGCAAAGACGAAAAUUAACUGCAAAAAUGCAGUUACCGACACGGGUCCCAAAUCGGGCAAAAACGUUAAAGAUGGAGAUAUAAUCGACUGCGUUGACAUCUACAAACAACCUGCUUUUCACCAUCCGGCUUUGAAAAAUCAUACCAUUCAAUUUUCAACAGUGCUAACCACAGGACUCAGUUACUCAGGAGCUAAAGCAAACAUCAAAGUAUGGAACCCAUUCGUGGAGUCCAAUACUGAUUACAGUAGCUCUCAAGUUAUGCUCAGAAAUGGCCCUUUGAAAACCUUCGAGACAGCAGAAGCUGGAUGGACAGUAAACCCGAUUGUUUACAACGAUGCUAAAACGCGCUUAUUUGCAUACUGGACGGUUGAUGGUAUGCAAAACACUGGUUGCUUUGAUCUCACUUGUCCUGGAUUCGUUCAGACAUCUCAAGACAUCCUUCUUGGUGGGGAUAUUACUUCAUUAUAUGGAUCUGAAAUCACAAUUCAAAUCCAUAAGGAUCCAUACACAAAUAACUGGUGGUUAAUAUACAACGACAAGGAUGUCGGGUAUUGGCCUGGCGACAUUUUUCCGAUACUGAAACAUCAAGCAACCUUGGUUCUAUGGGGAGGUGAAGUUUACAGCCCAAAGGUUGGAACCAAUCCGCACACAGCAACGGCCAUGGGCAGUGGGGUGUUCUCUGAUGUCGUAUUUGGUUCUUCAGGAACGAUAAGGGGGAUGUUGAUCGAAGCAAAUUCGCACGAUUUGAUGGAACCGGAACGGCUUUAUGUUAGCUCUGAUGAAUGGGACUGUUACGAUGCGUAUCUCUUGAAUGAACGGAAAUCCGAACUCAAGUUCUUUUACGGAGGUCCGGGAAGUCGUUACAAUGCAAGGUGCCAAUGA